GGCCGGACCGGCGCCGGCCGUAUAAAGUCGCGUUGGUCGUCCGCCGCCGGCCACUCGCGGUUGGCCGCCGUCGCCGCCAUGGGCCACAGUCGGCGGCUCCUGGCGCUGUCGGCGCUCGGCCCGGCGCUGCUCGUCGCCGGACUCGCCUCGGCCCAGCAGUUCGAGUGGACAGAGCCGACUCCGGGCCCCUCCGCAGAGCCGGGCGUUACGCUAGGGUCGGCCGAGGAAGUGGCGCUGGAGCCGGCGUCCGGGCCCCGUCCCAGUCCUCCUCUGAUGACGCCCGUGGUGCGCCUGCUGCGCCGGCUGGCCAAGCUCUCCUCCUCCGAGCUGCUUGUGCUGAGCUGCGGCGCGGCCGACGCACUGGACGUCGAGCUGCGCCAGCUCGACUGGCCGUCCGGCCUGCAGCUGGUCACCUGUUUUCCCUGUGACGCCGAGGCGGUGCGGUUUCUGUUUGACCGGCGCCGCGGGCUGCGGCUGCUCUUCCUGCAGGAUGCGCGCUGUCUGCCGCGCGUGCGGAACCACCUGCACAGCCACUGGGCCGCCGGAGAGACGGUGGUGAUCCCGGCGGACUCGUGCCAGCAGACGCUACGCUUCCCGCUCUUCGGCAAGGUGAUGUACCCGAGCUGCGUGGAGCACGGUGACAACGGCACCCGCUUCGUGACGCAGCGCAGACACGACGGCGCCCUGGUGCGGCAGAGAGUAUACUCUGUAGCCGGAGAGCCGUACCUGAACAACGCCUCGGCGCUCCUGACGCGCGCCGACCUCGGCGGUCGCACUGUCACCUUCCUGUUCGAGAACUACAACCCGUUCUUCGAGUGUCUCCAGCAGAACGGUCGCGUGUGCGUCUCGGCCCUGGAUACGCCUCCUAAACUGCUGAUCGACAACCUGGCUUCGCGGCUCAACUUCCGUCCGCUGUACCUGCGUGGCCCGGACGGCAGCUGGGGCCACGAGGAGGACGGCGUCUGGAAGGGCAUGGUCGGCGAGGUGGCGCGAGGCGAGGCCGACUUCGCCAUCGGCGGCCUCUUCGUCACCGCCAAGCGACGCACCGUGGUCGAUUUUGCCCAGGAGUUUGCGCUCGUCUACGUGAACAUCAUCACUCGGCCGGUGCAGCUGGGCGUCAGCAGCGACCUGACGCGCAUGCUGUCGCCGCUGGUGUGGGUGCUGAUCGUGGCCAGCCUGCUGCUGACUGCCGUCAGCGUGCUGUUCGCCAAGCGGCUGCUGGGCGGCCGGCGCAGCUGGCUGGCGCAGCUGGGCUCCGAACUCGAGGACGCCUACCGCGUGCUCACCGCGCAGGACAUCAACUGGAGCCGCGUGAUGCUCGGCAGGAUGAGCUUCGCCGUCGGCCUGAUCGUCGGCACGUGGCUGGUGUCCAGUAUCGUGACACGCACCGCUUACACCUCCAAACUGAUCUCGAUUCUCACCCGACCACCGGACUCAUGGGCACCGGAAACGUUCCAGGACCUGGUGGACCACGAGUACGACGUGGUGACGCACGCCGGCUACGGCACCUACACGGACUGGAUGAACGCGCAGACGGCGCCGCUGUUCCAGCGGCUCAAACGGCGCUGGAUCCGCGGCGACAACGCGCAGGCCUUCCGAGAGCUGACCACCACGCGCCGGCGGCUGGCGCUGCUCGAGGAGACGCCCGGCGCCAAGAGUCUGCUCUACGACACGAUCGCGGCCACGCGCGGCCAGGUGACGCCGGCGCACAUGCACAUCGGCCGCGAGCAGUUCUUUCCGUCCAACGUGGCCUGGGCGCAGCAGAAGAACACGCCGUACGCGGCCGAGAUGAACCGCCGGCUGCAGCUGAUGCGCCAGUUCGGCCUGGUCGACAAGUGGAUGGCCGACGUGGAGCGGGAGAAGGCGCAGCGGGCGCGGCGCGAGCAGCAGAAGGCGUGCCGCCGGCAGCCGGAGCUGUGCGCCGGCCGCCGGUUCACGGCGCUCACCGUGCAGCAGGUGGGCUCGGCGUUCCUGUUCCUGCUGUACGGGUACGCGGCCAGCGCGCUGCUGCUGGCCGCAGAGCUGGGCGCCGCGCGCGCCGCCGGCUGCUCUCUGCGGAGGCCACUGCAAACCACCGAGCGCCGCCAGACCCGCCUGAACGGCUGGUAGCAUCGCACCAGUGUCCCGGCCGCGGGGUGCAGGGGGUGAGGGAUCGAGGAGAUUUGAUGACGAAAAUAAAAUAUAGAAUCCUGCUCCGCCCGUCUGUUGUACGCAUUUAUUGCUUAUUUGCCUAGUAAAUUGGGCACAAGCUAAUCCAAUGGACCUCGUAAGUCGUUCAUAAGUGCAUUGCAUCAUCAAUGACCAAAAGCUGCAAGCGUGAUGAGAUGCAAACAUACUGACUACCAUCUCCUAUCACGUCACAAUAGCAUGUCGUCUUCUGCAUAGCACGGUGGCCGAGUGCCUCAUGACACCCAAAGCGAACGGUACGGAGGACGGACGGUUUAAAGAGUGUUGUGAUUGUGAUUUUAUGUUUUGUUUGACUUUGAUCUUAAAUGGGCUAGUCCCGUGAUCAAUUCCAUUAAUAGGUAAAUGAAAUGAAAUAAAUGUAAUAAAUGUAUGUAGGUAUACCUACAUAUACCUAAUCAGUACGUACCUACAAAUAUUGCAACAAAAAAAAAAAAACUGUUGCGCUUGGAAAUAGGUAAUCCUACUAUGUCAUGUGAUUUACGUGUUUCACUUGCUGUUCCGGCAUGUGCCAUGUAGAAACCCAACGUGUGCCGUGUGCUUUGUGCGUGAAUAGAUCGGUACAACAA